AUGGCCGACGUCGUGGCAGAGAUAGAAGAUCUCAAAGCCCUCCCCAGUAGUCAGCACUGGUUCUGCCCGCGCACAUCCGAUGAUGAUGCCUCCGUGUACUUCGACGAAGACAAUCUCAACCCAGUACCCCAGGAAACAGAGACACAAAAGAAGGCCAGACAUAUAAAGGUUGAAGAGGCGCGGCAGUUGAAGAAGAAAGUCUUGCAGGCUUGCCAGAUCCUUGCUUUCGAUGGAGAGACGGCGGUACAGCUGGGCGCUACUCUCAAGAGCUUGCUCAAACUUCAGCUUCAACGCUGCACUGUUUGUGUACGCGAGUACCAUCGUGGACGACAGGAGUUGAAGCAUGACCUCGAAGCGCAGUAUGACGCGAAUGUCGUGGCUUCUUUCAUGCAAGUGUUCGAUCAGAUGAAUACUGAGCGUAUUGCUGCCGGCCUCGAUAGCGCUACCCACACCCUUCUCGAUCUUGCUCCCCAGGAACGCUCCAUUGCCAGUCUGCCUCAGGAAGAGAUGUACGCUCUUUUCGAGUCGAUGCAUUGCACGGCCUUCCUGAAGGACGAGUCUCUACUUCAACAACACUUCGACAAGCCCUUCCGCCUCGUCCAGACAAGAAAAAAGAUCACCUUGCCUGAAUACACACCAGCCCUGACAUCUUUUCUGUUCAGCCAAAACAAGGAAAGAUCUGCCUGGGCGCUCAGAGGCUGGACCAAGUUCAAGCGACCGAUCACUGGAAUUGAGUUCGACUGGACAGUCCGCGAUGCUUUGAACGCUGCUAUGGGCCGAGUCGUCCCCGUCAAUAUCGACCGCGAAUUCUUGCCCAUCUUUUGGGAAGGCGCCAAGGUCAUUAUCGAGAAGCUCGACAAAACACUCAUCACACAUCACCUUCGGGCCCUAGACAUGGACAUCUACAAGCUGGCCCUCGAUCAUUUCCAACUUCUGUUCGAUGGCUACGGAAACAUUGUCAGCAGUUUCACUUCUCUCCUGAAGAAGUCACCAGGAGACGUCUGGGAGGCUCUAGCUGCUGUCCCUCCACAGGCUGUUGUAGAACAGAUUCUCAACAGCCCUUCCAUUGAAAGCCCCAUGAUGACCACCGAAGAAGACAAGCCGUUACAGCUCGAGACCCUUCUGGAAUGGAUUGAUCCUUUUGUACAGUCCAUCAAGCCUGCGAACCUGGCUCCUGCAUGCCGUGCCGUACUGCAGCAACUCAUGUCGAGACUACAAUCAGAAAAGUACUCGCGUUAUGCGCAGACAGUCUGUUGGCGUAAAGGGUUACAGGUUAUGAACACUACAAUGGAGAUCAUGAAUCAGACCAGUGCAGGCAGUGCUACUGUGGCAGACUUACUUGAGCUUGUUCGUGUGCAUGUUAUGACGAUCCUGGAGAACCUGCACAGUUUCAAGGACUCUCCAGCACACUCGCGCGAAACAGAGCUUGGGCUCGACGUUGUUCGAAAUGCUCUAUCGCUCGACUGCCAUUCUCUGGCAUCCAUACGUGAUGCAAUAUUGCAACAAAAAUCUCUCGGGUUCGAUCUCAAUGUCUCAUCACUAGCCAUUUGGAAAGCAGCAGUGAGAAGCAUCAAACCCGGCGAUAUAUCCCUUGCAUCGGCCAUAUUGAUUGGCACAAGCCGUCUUAUACUUUUAGAACCGCUUGCUCCUAAAGAGUCUGCCAACGCUCCAAAGCAUGCCGAGAGCUGGAACAAUGGCUUUGAGCGCGCCUCGACUUACAUUACUGAGCUCUUUGAGAGAUUACAGGACUUCGAUCCCAAAGAACUUCAAAGCUUGAUGAUCAGCCCCGGUGCGUCUCAAAGUCUCUUCUAUGCGGUGUUCUCUGGCCAUGCUGAGAUCCAGCAAUCUGCGGCAACAGUCAUCAAGAGCAUGGGCUCUCAGGACUCUCGUAGAGAAGCCGUAAAAUACCUGAUGGAGAACUUCUUUGUGGUGACGCUCCGAUCCAUCGCCUCGACUCUCCGCGGAGUGGCUCGAAGCCACAUGUUCUCGCCAUGCAGGACUGUACUCAAAUUGGGCAGAGAUGUUCUUGACUGCCUCUGCAGCACUCAAGAUGGUAUUCUACGAUCCCGCAAGCUCAACAUGGAGGAAGUUCAGGCCACUGAGAACACAUGGCAAGCUUUGUGGAGCGUCAUAGGGUGCAUGUUCAGGUAUACUGAGCAAUGGAGUCUUGCUGGGCAUGACAAGAACAUGAUGAUCGAAUUCUGCCGAGACGCUAUGGAUUUUGCAGACUACGCUUUCAACCAAUACAGCGUCAUCGCAGGAGCAUUGCGGGACGCGAAUUCUGCAUCCGGCGACAACAAAACUUCCCAAGAGGUCGAACAAGGACUACUCCAGAUGCCCAGAGAUGCAUCUGGCCAUGUUACAAAGUGGCUGCGCCUUAGAGACGAGUAUCUGAUCAGCAAGGCCGUGAGCAUUACUUGCGAGAUCAUGAAGCGUCUUGAGUCGGUCGACCUGCGACUGCCCGAGGAUUCUACAAUCUAUGUCGAUGAUGUUCUUAAUGGGACCGUCAAGACCAGACUCAGCAUGUCUCAAAAAGCCGAAUUGCGUCGGGCACUAGAAACUCACAUUGGUGUCGGAUCCGAGAUCGAAGAGCAGAGUGCGGCCGAGAUAUCCAAGCCCCAGAGGCAAGGCUCUCUUGCGUCCUGGAUUACGUCUGGAUCAGGCACGACAGACACAUCUUCAGCAAGUAAGCCUAAGAGAACCUUGGAUAUGGAAACUUGGAGAGCUGCCGCCAACGAGUCAGCUCUUAAGAAAGCUAUCUCGAGCGCCUCGCCAACCGCAGAGAUGCUCAAAGCACGUGGUGACUUCGCUAAGAAGUCUGUUCUGCCGACCAGAACUCCAAUUGCACAGCAAGAUCCCAACAACUUCAGGCUCAAACGCCAGCAAGAACAGGAAGCCAAACGCAAGAGAGAUCUUGCGGCUAUUGCUGCUGCUAAGAGAGAGGGAGGCUCAGGUUUACAAGGCAUCGGCCUGGAAGGGAAGGACCACUCGACCAAAGGUCAAGGUGUUAUGGUCUCCUCGGAUGAGAGCAGCGAUGAUGAAGACGAUCAGUUGGACGCAGAACUUUUCGGUGUUAAGCCAACCAAGAAGCGAGCUAAUACCGCGAAGAGCGAUGCUGCUGGCGCCAUUGGUUUAAAACGCGAACAGCGUAACCAACCUGUCAGAAUUGAGAGACGUGUCCGUUCUGCCAAGGAUAUGCGAGCUCGACUUGCUCCAGACCUUGCACCCCUACACAAGACGAUUUUGGGCUGGGACUUUUUCUACGAAGGCGACUACCCACCAAAUUCGAAAGAUUGGCAGUUCCAGAAAGUUGCCAACUCGUUCCGCCAUGUUGCCGAUUAUCAGGAGACGUUCCGUCCGCUCCUUAUUCUCGAAGCUUGGCAAGGCUUUGUCAAAUCAAGGGAAGAGAGUUCUUUCAAGCCUUACGAGAUCAAGGUCGUAAACAGAUCCAGUGUUGACGCUUUCAUUGAGAUCAGCAGUUCUGUCACUCAUGCUGAGAACAAGGAGAUCCAGAUCUCGGAGAGUGACAUCAUACUGUUCUCGAUGUCCAACAAUCCCACUGCAGAUGCUGAGGCAGAUCACUGUUUUGCUCAGGUUUACCGCACGCGCCGUCAGAAGCAACAUAUCGAAGUCACGUAUCGUGUGAUGCCGGGAAGCAACAACAGCAUGAUGUCUCAUCUCGUACCUGGCAGUCUCAUACACGGUACCAAGGUCCAGUCGAUCACGCCUUUGGAACGCGAAUACGGUGCCUUGCUCGGUCUGCAAUACUAUGACUUGUGUGACGAGAUCACCAAAGCUAGACCUUCGCCCUUACUGGACUAUACUGACAAGCAGUUGGCACCCAUCGUCAACAACUACACACUCAAUAAAGCACAAGCCAAGGCUGUUCAGUCUGCUGUCCAAAAUGAUGCCUUCACUCUCAUUCAGGGCCCUCCGGGUUCCGGCAAGACCAAAACGAUCGUCGCGAUCGUGGGUGCCUUGCUUAGUGACAGUCUUUCCGACAAGCAACUGGGUAGCAAGAUCGAGGUUCCCAGGGGUGGUGGUACCUUCCCAACGAACACGACUGCGUCAAAGAAGCUCUUAGUGUGUGCGCCCAGUAACGCAGCCGUAGACGAACUUGUGAUGAGAUUCAAAGAAGGCAUCAAGACGCUCAAAGGAGUCCACCGAAAGGUGAAUGUCGUUCGUGUCGGUCGUAGCGAUGCCGUCAACAGUUCUGUUGUCGAUGUGACGAUGGAAGAGCUUGUCAAUAAACGCUUGGGAUCUACCAACAACGAUAAACAGGCAAGGGAACAAACUCAACAACUCAUGAAAGAGCAUCAGAAUGUGUCUGAACAGGUUCGGUUGACUCGUGCAAAACUGGACAGUGGGGAGGUCAAGGGCAAAGAGCUCUCGCAACUCCAAGAUCAGUUCAAUGCUCUCCGAAACCGCAAGACCAAGUUGGGGACGCAGAUCGACAACGCCAAAGACAACGAGAACUCGGCUGGUCGAGCGGCAGAACUCAACCGCAAGAGGGUACAACAGUCUAUUUUGGAUGAUGCUCACAUCAUUUGCGCUACUCUGAGUGGUAGUGGCCACGACAUGUUUCAGAGUUUGAACAUCGAGUUCGAGACUGUCGUGGUUGAUGAAGCCGCCCAAUGCGUUGAGAUGAGUGCCUUGAUUCCCUUGAAAUACGGAUGUGCCAAGUGCAUUCUUGUUGGAGACCCUAGGCAGUUGCCUCCAACGGUCUUUUCGAAAGCUGCCUCUGCCAACAAGUAUGAGCAGAGUUUGUUCGUCCGAAUGCAAAACAAUCACCCGGAAGCGGUGCACCUGCUGGAUACUCAAUAUCGUAUGCACCCCGACAUCAGUGCCUUCCCUAGUGCAGCCUUCUACGAAGGACGUUUGUUGGAUGGAGAUAAUAUGGCAGGUCUUCGGAAACAGCCUUGGCACGCCAGUGAUUUACUUGCGCCAUAUCGAUUCUUUGACGUCCAAGGUCAGCACCAAGCCGCACCUAAGGGACACUCUCUCAUCAACUUGGCGGAGAUUGAAAUCGCCAUGCUUCUCUAUGAGAGGCUCAUCAGUGACUACCGUGAUCAUGAUUUCAAGAACAAGAUUGGCAUUAUCACGCCUUACAAGUCACAACUAAGGGAAUUGAAGCAACGCUUUUCAGGUCGCUACGGUCUUGAUAUUACGGAAAGCAUCGAGUUCAAUACCACGGAUGCGUUCCAGGGUCGUGAGAGCGAGAUCAUCAUCUUCUCUUGCGUUCGUGCAUCCGCUACAGGCAGUGUCGGAUUCCUGUCCGAUGUUCGUCGCUUGAACGUUGGUAUCACUCGCGCAAAGUCAAGUCUAUGGAUCCUUGGUAAUUCAGACAGUUUGAUGAGGGGUGAGGUCUGGAAGACGCUACUGGAUGAUGCUCGGGAUCGCAAUUGUUACAUUACAGGCAACCUUCACGGGAUGCUUAAAGCACACUCUUCAAAGUUCCCCGCCAAGAAAACUCCUCUGAUCAAGCACUCAAAGGUGUCUGCCUCGAACGGCAGCGGAGGCGCCAAGCAGAAUGGCAGUACUGGAAUCACUACCAACAAAGUCCAAGGUAACAGUACCAACUCCAAAAAGGAAGCCGAUGGUCAGAAGAUUCAAAAAGAAGCCGAUGUUCAAGCAAUGGAAGGCGUGCGCGUCAAGUUGGAGGAUAAGCUUGCCAGUAUGCGCACGAAGAAGGGUGAGGAAGAUGUGGACAUGGUCGAUGCAGAAUCCGCCCGGAGUGGCGCUUCCACGCCAACAGUGAACAACGAACCUGUUUCUGCUCCAGCAUCCGUCGCAUCGGGACCGGCUGCCAAGCCAAAAACAUAUCUACUACCAACCACGACCACACCUCAGAUCAUUCGCAAGAGGAAGAAGCCUGCGGACCCCUUUAUGCCUCAGCCUACCAGAAAGCCGAGGAAGGAUUGA